ACUUCCGGUUGUCAAAGGUGACGCUGCGAACAUGUGUGAAGUUAGAAUGUAGCGGGGGCUUAUUUUGCGCCUUUUUUCUUCCAAAACAAAGUAAUAAUGAGAGCGAGGGUGCGUUUAACAUUAACGUUACUGUUGUGAGAAGAUUAUGUCUGUGAAUGCGUGCAAAGAUCUUAUCCCGCUCAUUUAUCGCCAUUUGAAGGAGCAUGGUUUCCAGUCUGCUGCUACAGAACUCCUGAGGCAAAACACGCAGUGUUAUGUGGAAGGAGAUUCGACGUUAUCUGCAUCCUUACAAGAAAUAUACAGUUCCUGGUUAAAAGACGUAAAACAAGCCCGCUGUGGCAGGGGCGUGGUCCACGCGUUCCUUGCGGGCGGGGUGUGUGCAGCGAUCGGCCAUGAAGCCGCUGACAGGCACUCAAAGAACAGACACUCCAGGUCUAAUGGAGGUGCAUCAACUGCAGUUUCAGCUAAAGUUGCUUCCAAGAAGGAGAACAAAUCUGCAAAGAAAUCGCAAAAACAGAAACCCGUUGCACCAAAAAGGAGCAAAAAAGAUGGAAAGGUGUCAGAAAAUGCCCCACCAGCGAAGAGGCUAAAGAAGCAACAAACGGCGGUGACUGCUUGUCAAGAUGAUUCUGACUCUGACAGUAGUUUGGACGUAGAGAAAUGGAAGAAAAUGCUUCUACAGAUGACAGAGGUUGAUGCAGCCAAGAUAGAUGCCAUCAACUCUUUGGACUCUUCUGCACCGAAAAAGAGAGUUAGGAAAUCCCGGGCUAAGCCGAAAACUGACAUGCCUGCUAAAAAGAAGAUCGAGGAGAAAGCAGUGACAAAGAAACAAUCUAAGUCUAGUCUACAAAAGAACACCUUGAGCAUGACACAAAAUCUGAUAUCAACAGAAGGUGCGACAGCUGCGGCUUCAUCUAUCAAGGAUAAACCUGUGGUGGACGUAGCAAGCUGUGAUAAAAAGAUAUUGGUAGACAAAGUGGGGAAGAGAAAAGAAAUGAAGACUAACAAAAAGAGAAAGGAGCCUGAUAACAGACUCAAUAUUUUAGAGCCCAUUUUAAAAGACAAAAAAACCAAGAAGAAGAAGAAGAAAAAGAAGGUAGGUGAUAGCAAGGAAGAUUCUGAGAUUAAAUUCAAGCAGAAGAAAGCCCAGAAGAAGAAUAAGAAACUUGACGGUUUGAAAAUCGGUGAGCGGGAAAAUCCAGAUGAGACUGACGUUGACAAGGAGGCAAGCAGGAACGCGGAGCUGGCUCCGAUUGUGGACAGUUCAAGUGCCGAUGUGAGGGAAAACAAAUCAAAGAAGAAUAAGAGUCAUGUGGAGGCAAAUUCUGAGCAGACUGAUGACCAAACAGAGAAGAAAAAAGACCAAUCUUCUCCUGAUGAGGAUCCAGUGGCUGAGACUGGAAAAGAGAACGGAAGCACUGAAGAAAGAGGAGAGCCCGACCCAGAAAUCAAGAAGAAAAAGAAAAAGGAGGCAAUAGGUGAUGGUGAGGGGACUCCUCAGCUUUCAGUCAAGAAGAAGAAAUCCCAAAAGAACAAAAGGACGGACGAGGAAAGAACCUGUGAGCAGGAAACUCCAGAGCAGACUGACAACGACAAGGAGACGGCUUUAAGUGUGGACAGUUCAAGUGCUGAUGUGAGGGGAAAUAAAUCAAAGAAGAAUAAGAGUCAUGUGGAGGCAAAUUCUGAGCAGACUGAUGACCAAACAGAGAAGAAAAAAGACCAAUCUUCUCCUGAUGAGGAUCCAGUGGCUGAGACUGGAAAAGAGAACGGAAGCACUGAAGAAAGACGAGAGCCCAACCCAGAAAUCAAGAAGAAAAAGAAAAAGGAGGCAAUAGGUGAUGGUGAGGGUACUCCUCAGCUUUCAGUCAAGAAGAAGAAAUCCCAAAAGAACAAAAGGACGGACGAGGAAAGAACCCGUGAGCAGGAAACUCCAGAGCGGACCGACAACGACAAGGAGGUGGCUUUAAGUGUGGACAAUUCAAGUGCUGAUGUGAGGGGAAAUAAAUCACAGGAGAAGAAGAAGAGCAAGAGUCAUCGAGUGGAAAAAAAUACUCCGCAGACAGAUGACCAAACACAGAGGAGAAAAGACACAUGUUCUGAUGAGGAUCCAUCGGCUAGAAAUGAAAAAGCGAUUGGAAUCAGUGAAGAAACAGCAGAACCCAACACAGAAGAGCUCACAGUUGAAGUGAAAAAAUCCCACAAGAAGAGAAGGAAAACGGACGAUGCGAGAAUCUCAGCGCAGGAAAAUCCAGAACGGACUGACGACGACAAGGAGGCAAGCAGGGGCGAGGAGAUGGCUCCGACUGUGGACAGUCCAAGUGCUGAUGUGAGGGGAAAUAAAUCCAAGAAGAGGAAGAAGAAGAGUCAUCAUGUGGAGGAAAAUCCUCAGCAGACAGAGAACCAAACGGAGAAGAAAAAAGACAAAUCUUUUCCUGAUGAGGAUCCAGUGGAUGAAAAUGAAAACGAGAACAAAAGCAGAGAAGAAACAGGAGAGCCAAACACAGAAGUCAAGAAGAAGAAGAAAAAACUCUGGUUUAUUGAUACACAGCCUCUGCUGACCCUGGACACACUACAACAUCCGUCUGUGUGAAAAAGCAAAUGUGAUGUUUUGUCAUCGUUUGUGUCUGCAGGGAAAAGGAAUCAGGAUUCAGAAAAGUUCCCUGCAACACCCACAUGGUCACAUGACAAACCCCAGGAGCCAACCUGACACAUCUCCCAAACAAAGUCAAGUCACGUGUCGUUUUUAUUUUUAAUGGAACAAGCUAAGUACCCCAGAUGUGGGAUAGUACUGACUAUCUGGAAGAUUAAACACCACCAUUUUAUUGAGAGAAAAAAUAUGAAUAUUUACUUUAGGCACGUAUUGUUCAGUUUUAACCGCUUUUAUACACGUGAUGUUUACAAAUGUCAUGUUGUUGCACCCCAGGAUUUGGAAGUCCCAUUCAGGGUGAGAAAGUGUUUUGUAAUAACUUUUAAUAUUGUGGUGUAAACCGCUGUGCUUCUUGCCACCUUGAAAUAUGGACUCGUGGACAAAAACACAACACUGACAAGCAGUUUUAUAAUGAAAAUCAUUUAAAAUAUUAGUUUGCUGUUGUUGGUCAGCUGCACGUCUUGCAGAAUCUACUUUUAUACAAAUAAAAAUAUGUUUUACUAAGGUA